GCUCCCCAGCCGCGGGGGGUGUACGAAGAAAAGGGGCGGGGUGGUCCGGGCUGCUGUGCUGGCAGCAGUAGGCGAGGGCGCGGCUGCGGGGUUCCCGGUGCUGAGCACGGACGCCAUUGGAGCCCCAGGGAAGCAUGGCUGAGGGAAGCUACAGUGUGGAAUCGGAAAACCACAGCGUGGAAGCCAUGGAUGAGGGGAGCCACGAGGUCAGGGAGGGAGGGAUGGCCGAAGGCAACGACUAUGAAGAAUUCGGUGCUUUUGGUGGCUAUGGCACCUUCACCAGCUUUGACAUGCACAUCCUCAGAGCCUUCGGCAGCUUGGGUCCAGGCCUUCGCAUCUUAGCGAAUGAGCCCUGGGAACUGGAAAACCCUGUGCUGGCCCAGACCCUGGUGGAGGCCUUGCAGCUGGAUCCGGAAACACUCGCCAACGAGACGGCCGCCCGUGCCGCCAACGUAGCCCGCUCUGCCGCCUCCAACCGUGCCAACCGGGCCGCCGCCCGGGCCGCCGCCGCUGCCGCCCGCGCCUCCUUGAACCAGGUGUUCCCUGACCACCGGGUGGCCACACCUCGGGCCUCGGGAGACAAUGUGCAGCCCACGACCUGCACCGAAGCUCAGAGGGCCACCCCUGAGACACCCCUGGCUUCUCCGCAGAUCUCCCAGAUGUUUGUCACCAGUGAGGCGGCUGUCCCUGGGGCUCCAGCAACCUCCACGCAGUCCCAGGCAGCCUCCGCGGCCCAGGAGGCCCAGGAGGCUGCUACCGAGGGCCCUAGUACGGCCUGUGCUUUCUCUGAGGCCCCACGUGCCAGUGAGGUGGAUGCCACCCGGCCCAAGGCGGCGUUUCUGGGCCAGAACGAUGGCUUUGAUUUCACUCAGCCGGCAGGUGUCAGCGGCAUGGCCUUCCCGCGCCCCAAGAGACCUGCCCCGGCCCAAGAGGCUGCCACGGAGGGCCCCAGUGCUGCCUCCGGUGUGGCCCAGGCCGCACCUGCCAGGGAGGCGGCAGCCACCCGGCCCAAGGCGACCAAGUCUGGGAAGGCUCUGGCCAAGACCCGGUGGGUGGAGCCUCAGAAUGUUGUGGCAGCAGCUGCUGCCAAGGCCAAGAUGGCCACGAGCAUCCCUGAGCCCGAGGGUGCAGCUGCCACCGCUCAGCACAGUGCCGAGCCCUGGACCAGGAUGGGAGGCAAGAGGACAAAGAAGUCCAAGCACCUGGAUGAUGAAUAUGAGAGCAGUGAGGAGGAGAGGGAGCCUCCUACGGUCCCACAGACCUGGAGAGCAUCGCAGCCCUCGGUGACGGCGUGGGCUCAGUCGGCCCCUCGGACCCCGAUGGCCCCGAGGUCCCAGAUACCCUCAAGGCACGUACUGUGCCUGCCCCCCCGCAACGUGACCCUUCUGCAAGAGAGGGCAAAUAAGUUGGUGAAAUACCUGAUGAUUAAGGACUACAAGAAGAUUCCCAUCAAGCGCUCAGACAUGCUGAAGGACGUCAUCCGAGAAUACGACGAACAUUUCCCCGAGAUCAUUGAACGAGCAACGUACACUCUGGAAAAGAAGUUUGGGAUCCACCUGAAGGAAAUCGACAAGGAAGAACACCUGUAUAUUCUGAUCUGCACACGGGAUUCCUCAGCUCGCCUCCUUGGAAAGACCAAGGACACUCCCAGGCUGAGUCUCCUCUUGGUGAUUCUGGGCGUCAUCUUCAUGAAGGGCAACCGUGCCAGCGAGGCUGUCCUGUGGGAGGCGCUACGCAAGAUGGGACUGCGCCCCGGGGUGAGGCACCCGUUCCUUGGCGACCUGAGGAAACUCAUCACAGAAGAAUUUGUGAAGCAGAAGUACCUGGAGUACAAGAAGAUCCCCAACAGCAACCCCCCCGAGUACGAGUUCCUGUGGGGCCUGCGAGCCCGCCACGAGACCAGCAAGAUGCGGGUCCUGAGAUUCAUCGCCCAGAAUCAGAACCGAGACCCCCGGGAAUGGAAGGCUCAUUUCUUGGAGGCCGUGGAUGACGCUUUCAAGACUAUGGAUGUGGACAUGGCUGAGGAACACGCCAGGGCCCAGAUGAGGGCCCAGAUGAAUAUCGGGGAGGAAGCUCUGGUUGGACGGUGGAGCUGGGACGACAUCCAGGCCGAGCUCCUGACCUGGGACGAGGACGGAGAUUUUGGCGACGCCUGGGCCAGGAUCCCCUUUGCUUUCUGGGCCAGAUACCAUCAGUACAUUCUGAAUAGCAACCGUGCCAACCGGAGGGCCACUUGGAGAGCUGGUGUCAGCACUGGCACCAACGGUGGGGCCAGCACCAGCGUCCUAGAUGGCCCCAGCACCAGCUCCACCAUCCGGACCCGAAAUGCCGCCAGGAUUGGCGCCAGCUUCUUCUCCUGGAUCCAGUAAGAGUUUCGGAAGAGAAAGACACCGCUGACGAGCUGCAGCAGUCUUCCUCGCCCAGCCGGGGGGCCUCCUCAGAGUCCCUGUGGACACAGCGCCCCAGGCAGCUUCUAUGAGUUCAAGGUGGCAUGCAAGAUGAAGCUUUCUUUGCUCUUCCGGCUUUCGUCGUGUGCUUUUUCUUGUGCUGUCAUGUUUUGGUAUCAGUGUUCCAUUAAAGUUGCAGAAUUAA